UAACUCUCAUUCAUCGUCCGCCAUCACAGAGUUUUUGACAGGAUUUCAUAGGUUUCAGGAACUGCAAAUCGGAAUGAGAUAAAAACACUCACUAUGGAACUGCAGGAUGUGUUUUAUUCGAAUGCCGAAUAUAUUGAAACGGCAUCAGGAAACAAAGUCAGUCGGCAGUCUGUACUCUGUGGCAGCCAGAACAUUGUCAUCAAUGGAAAGACAAUCAUAAUGACCGACUGUGUGAUACGAGGGGACCUGGCCAAUGUCAGGAUAGGUCGUCACUGUGUCAUCAACAAAGGAGCUGUGAUCAGGCCAGCGUUUAAGAAGUUCAGCAAAGGUGUCGCGUUCUUCCCCUUGCAUAUAGGUGAUCAUGUGUUGAUUGAAGAAGACUCCAUUAUCAACGCAGCUCAGGUUGGGUCCUAUGUUCAUAUAGGCAAGAACUGCAUCAUUGGUCGUCGAUCUGUCCUCAAGGACUGCUGUGCCAUAGCUGAUAAUACAGUGUUGCCGCCAGAAACAGUUGUCCCCUCUUUCACAGUCUUUUCAGGAUCACCAGGUAAAUGCAAUGGGGAGCUACCAGAGUGUACCCAGGAUCUGAUGGUGGACGUCACUGUCAACUACUACCAGCAUUUUCGAGCAAUGGGAAAGGGAAAAGCCUAGCUUCAGUCACCUGGUCACACAGGGACCUGACAUUCAUCUAUUUAUUUGUAUAUUGCUUGCAUCAACAUUUCCUUGGUAAAUUCGGAGAGACUCAUGCUGAAAUCCUCAUUUUAUAUAGCUGUUUCUUGACAUUUGGGCAGAUAUCAAAUGUGUUACAUGUUAUACUGUCAAACACUGCCGAACUUUGAUGAUUCAGACUUCCGACUGUCUUGAAGUAAAAGCUUGUCCAUCAUUUCUUCUUCAAACAUCAUUUUGCGUUUGUGUUAAACGUUGGAUAGCUCAGAGUGUUUUUGUAGGCCCGUUCAUCUUCAACACAAUGUUUAACUGUAUAUACCACAUAACUCUUUAUAGGAAUGGUCUGGUAUGUCAUUCUGCUUUAAAACUAUACUGGACAUGUUUGGGAAUAAUACCUGAUCCAAAGUGGAGGUGUAUUUAAUUAUGGCAGUUUCAAAACAGCACUGUUCAUGCAUAAAAUGAUUUAUAGAGCAUGAUUUGUUGCAUAGUGUUUUGGAAGCAUAGGUGGACGUCACUGUCAACUACUACCAGCAUUUUAGAGCAAUGGGAAAGGGAAAAGCCUAGCUUCAGGUGGCCUAGAGUUGUGGCCCUUAGUUGAUGAAGGAUCCUUUAACUGUUUAUAAAUCCCAGACUCCCAUUAUUUAAAUCCUUGGUUUGCCAGCUCAUACCUGUGUUUGUGGGUUUCAUCAACAUGGUAAAUGUGUCUGAAUGGCACCAGCGAUUUCCUGCCACGUGAAGCUGACAACCAUGUGACUGAAAUGCUUUCGUUAAACGCAACUCACUGUAUAUUGUUUCAGUUUUGUUUCAUGAAUAAAUAUGCAUUUCCUGGGCUAUAUGGUCUCUUGUGUUAAAUGCUUGUGCAAUAUAUUUUCGUUGUUUACAUAUUGAUUACAACAUGGUGAUUAUAGCUUACUUCAUUAUGACUUAUCAUUGCAGCCUUAGAAAUAUCGAACUUUUACGUUUGAGUACAGCUUCUGAAAACUUUGAGACAUUUAAAGGCCAAUUUGUUGUCAUGAAAGAUAAGUUUAUUUAUGACAUCUAAAAUACAAGUAAAUUUAUGUUUGGUUGCAAAGCGACAAUGAAAUUCUUCAAUAUAUUUCUUUCAAUAAAAACUCGAUGUUACCUCAA